AUUGGCAAUUAAUUAUUGACGCAUACGAUCGAAGUGUUUUUGUUUUGUUACAUUCCAUGGAGAUUUUAUUUUAUAAUUUCUUUCACUAAGCCUGCCAGCAAAAUCACAAAAAUCUUGUGUAGUCGAUGUUUUAAAGGUCUGUCACAAAGGAACUAAAUAAAGUGCAUCAUGUAUGGGAGAAAAACGCCAAACACGUCAUAUACGCGAUCGACCGCUUCGAUCCAUUCCACUGGAAGAUCGCUGUCGAAUCUCCAAUCUCAAAAGUCACGUUCCAUGAAAUCAGUGAAAAUUCCAUGGUAUCAAAAACCAAUAUUGCACAACAACAAAUACAUAAAUGUUCAGCGAGGUGCCAUGUUAGCAGCAGUCUUUACACUGUUUCUGUCCAUUUUUACUAUUGUGACUGCCGUUUUUGAUAUUUAUUGUUUGUCUAUGGCAGCGCCAGGUUCUACUCAUUACGGAUAUUAUUUUAUAUCGUAUGAGUUUGUUUAUGUUGGAAAUCGUUAUGUUCGGAACAUAUUGGUAAUGUUUGCGCUUUUCUCAUUCCUCGCCGGCCUUGCUGUAUUCGUAACUUCGAUUUUGUUGACCGUAGCAUUGCGAAAAGAAUACGAAGAGAAAAUAUUGCCAUGGCUGUGGACUAUGGCCAUUUUUACAAUUCUACGAUCUUUGGCAUGGUUAUUCUUCAGCAUUGUUAAUGAUCUUAUAUUUGCAUACAACAUUUUCAUUUGCUUAGCAUGGGUUAUAAUAAUCGUGCUCUCAAUUUGGAGUUGGCUUGUAGUCUAUUCUUUGUACGUUGAAUUGAAAGAUUUAUCAAAGCUAGAGGAUCUGGCACAUCUACGGAUGGGAACGAUGGCAUCUGUGCAUGCAUCGACAAAUCCAUCUUUAGCCGGAUCUCGACCAACGACUCCAUACAUAGCAUCGUCAAUUCCAUAAAUUGGAAUUAAGCACUUAAAACGAAUAUAUUUACCAAUCGACAAAAACAUCAUAAGUAUGCAUAAGAAUUCAGUUUUUUUCGUAGAAAACAUUAGUAUAAGUUUCACAAUGAGACACGUAACAUGAACACUUUAUUGAUCUGAAUGAAGUCAAAUCGACAUACUUAUAUAGGAAUCAAUCCGUCCAGAAAUUUUACAACAAAAUAUAUACUAUGUUUACAAUUUUGUAAUAUCAUUUUUAAUUUUGUAUUUCGACAGUUUAUUAUCGUAAAUAAAAUGUAAUCUAAUUAUAAUGAAGAAAGUGGGAA